GCUGCUGGUCGUUUAGGGGGCCGGGGAUUGUGGUCAAUGUGACAUUCACUUGCACGCUUGGUGUUGAGUUUAUUGUUCUGGUCCUAGACGCAGAGCAGCGAUUCUCUGAGAAGAUGUUGAGCCGAUUCAUGAGUGGCAGCAUCAGGAAUCUUGAGCGGGAAUACAGCUGCACCGUCAGACUGCUGGAUGAUACGGAAUAUACGUGCACCAUUCAGCGGGAUGCAAAGGGACAGUAUCUGUUUGACCUCAUCUGCCACCACCUCAACUUGCUGGAGAAAGACUAUUUUGGCAUCAGAUAUGUGGAUCCAGACAAGCAGCGGCAUUGGCUGGAGUUCUCAAAAUCAAUUGCAAAGCAAAUGAAAUCUCAGCCUCCAUUCACCAUGUGUCUGAGAGUCAAGUUCUACCCUCCUGAACCUGCUUCUCUAAAGGAGGAAAUCACUCGGUAUCUUGUCUUCCUGCAAAUCAAGAGAGACCUCUACCACGGACGGCUCCUGUGCAAAACCUCGGACGCGGCCAUGCUGGCUGCCCACAUCCUACAAGCUGAGAUCGGUAACUACGACCCCGGGAAGCAUCCUGAAGGUUACAGCUCCAAGUUCCAGUUCUUCCCGAAACAUUCGGAGAAGCUCGAGCGUCGGAUUGCAGACAUACACAAGACAGAGCUGAUUGGACAGACACCUGAAACAUCAGAGCGAAAUUUCCUGCAGAAAGCCCAGCUGCUGGAGACAUAUGGUGUUGAUCCGCAUCCAUGCAAGGAUGUGUCUGGGAACCCAGCUUUCCUUGCCUUCACGCCGUUUGGUUUCGUGGUGCUUCAGGGAAACAAGAGAGUUCAUUUUCUCAAAUGGAACGAGGUGACCAAACUGAAGUUUGAAGGCAAGACGUUCCACGUAUAUGCAAAUCAGAAGGAGGAUGAAAAGAUCAUCUUGACGUACUUUGCACCCACACCGGAGGCAUGCAAGCACCUUUGGAAGUGUGGAGUGGAGAACCAAGCGUUCUACAAGCUUGAGAAGUCAAGUCAGGUUCGCACGGUGUCCAGCAGCAACCUGUUCUUCAAGGGCAGCCGUUUCCGUUACAGUGGACGAGUGGCAAAAGAGGUGAUGGAGCAGAGUGCCAAAAUCAAACGCGAACCUCCAGAAAUUCACAGGGCUGGCCUUGUGCCCAGCAGAAGUUGUCCAUCCAUCACCCAUGGGCCUCGCCUCAGCAGUGUGCCGCGCACGCGUCGGAGAGCUGUGCACAUAUCUAUCAUGGAGGGUCUGGAGUCGUUGCGUGACAGUGCCCACUCUACACCGGUGCGUUCAGUGUCCCACGGGGAAUCCUUCAUGCCACGCUCCCGGAGCCAGGCCACAGACUCCAGUGAGGGGACUGCGGUGAUCUCGGACGAGGCCUACAGCCCGUCCGACAGCGUCCUGCCCACCCCGGUGGCCGAGCACAGCAUGGAGCUGGCUGUCUCACGCCAGAUAAACGGAGCGCCCUGCAGCAUCGAGGAGGAGAAGGAGUCGGAGGCGGGCACCCCCCGCGGGGAAGGGGGUGAUUUUGGUGCAGACGGUAGAUCUGCACAGGAGGGUGCUGGGGGGGACUCGGCCCUCAGCGAGGUGGAACAGGUGAAUAAAUUUGUCUUAAGUGUCCUCCGUUUGCUCCUUGUGACCAUUGGACUCCUCUUUGUCUUGCUCCUCCUCCUCAUCAUCCUCACCGAGUCAGACCUUGACAUUGCAUUUUUACGUGAUAUCCGCCAGACCCCCGAAUUUGAGCAGUUCCAUUACGAAUACUUUUGUCCCCUCAGGCGGUGGUUUGCCUGCAAGCUCCGCUGGGUGGGCGGGUUGCUCAUUAACAAGUGAGAGUGAGGUCGUAGAGUUCGUAAGCCCGUUCGGGGGUCUGAGAUGACGGUUAGGACUCCGGAGCGAUGGAGGGCAGCCUCGUCCCAACCAUGAACCCUGCUUCUCUCAUCAUCCUCCUGCAGACAUACAGCUUGGACCACUCCUGGUAACACCGGGCCAGGAUCUCUCCUCUCCUCCUCCACUUUGAGUUAACCCCCUACCCACCCACCCAACCACCUCCUCGUUUCGCUUGAUUUCUUCUUCUAAUUUUUCUUUUUCUACAAAUCCAGAGGACUUUUUUUUUCUUUUUUUUGCAUUUUUUUUAAUUUCACCUCAUUUCAGGUAUUUUAUUUUUUCAAAUAACACAAAGGAAAAAAAAUUAAAACUGAAAUCAAAGGACUGAAGAAGUUUAAACCGUUCCUUUUAGAGAAACGGAGAUUUUGUUGCAACAGAUGAACGUUGCCUUCAUUUAUUAUUUAUUGCUUUUAAACAUGUAUUUGCAUCAGAAAGGGAGACGGGAUGAGCAGCAAUCGAGGAAGUUGAUUUGUCAUGAAAAUGAAGAUGGAAGUGAGUUACUUUAGAGUCGAUAGGCCUACUGCUGUGAAGUAUACCUGAGGCAUGGUAGUAUCAAAUGUUUUGAUAUUGGUUCAUCCCAUCAGACGUCAGCAGUUUGACCUCAGCAGGAAAAAACAGAACAAUCUGAGGGGAGCAACAGUGAAGGUUCAUGAAGCAGAGAGCAGACAGGGUGAUUACCAAAUGCCUUUUUGAGAAGAUGUUAAUUUAGAAUUUUGUGAAUUGUUUUAAGACACAAUUACACUUUAGUAUACGACGGUGUACAAAGUAACCUGACAGAAAACAAAGUUGUUUUUCUAACAUUUUAUAGGGAUACAGUCAAAUAAACCAAUAGUGUUGUGUGACCUAGUGUCAGAUGUGGUUAGAGAAAUACUCUUGGAGAGCAAAGAUCUGCUGGCACCAAUAGAUAAUAGUCUAGAUAGAUGUGCAAUGCUCAUAUGGUUUUAAUAAUUAAGUACUUUUGAAUGUCCCCAUCUGUUCAGUUGUUCUGUUAUUUCUCCAAUUAAUUUGCAUUUUUUUCAUCAAGUUGAAAUUCGAUGAAUUUCAAUAAUUUCUUUGUAUGAAGAGUUUGAUUUUUUUUCUUGGUUUCAUAUCGACCUUGCUCAUAGGUUAAUGUAUCAUAUUAUAUUAUUAUUACUAUUAUUAUUAUUAUUAUUAGAAUAAGAAUAAUGAUGUACUUUUUGUACAAAUUAGUUUGUUUCCUAAUAUAUAUUGACAGGUUUUCCAUGUAUAUUUUAACAGAACUGAAAUGUUAUUUUGUUAUUGAAGAUUAAAUUAUACCUUUUUUAGCGCUGUGUUUCAAGUAAGGUCAGAAGCAUUUAUGGAAAUGUGGAAGUGGGGACUUAAAAAAAAAAACAGUGUUUUUAUCCAGAUCCACUCGACACUGAUCACACCUCUCAUCACUCCACCAGCAGUCAGUCAGCCUUCAGUGUGUGCACAAUUUUAAUGGUAAUUUAAAACAUGCGUUUGUACAGAAUGAAAUCUGGAGAUAAUAUCACACCACCGCAAAUACCAAAUAAUCCAAAAAGCACAUUUUCACCUUUCAUAACUUUACCAUAUCUUCUUUUUUACUUGAAGAGUUUGGAGAGGUGACUUUGAGCCUGACCGAUACUCGACCCCAUGGCCUGUCCUCACAAUGAAAUUCAUUUUUGACAAGGAUGAAGGAAACAAGAGCUGAAACGAUUAGUUAAUUGAUAGAUAGAAAAUUAAUUGGCAGCUAUUUUGAUAUUUCAAGCAAAAAUAUUUUCUGGUUUCAGCGUCGUCAAUGUGAAAAUUCUCUCUGUUUUGCAUUACUGUAAAUUGUAAAUAUAUCCUUGGGUUUGGGAUUCUUGUGUCACCUUUGCUUCUGAGAAAUUACAAUGGCAUUUUUUUUUUACCAUUUUCUGACACUGCAUUGAUCAAACAAUGAAUUUGUUAAUUUGGAAAAUAAUCAACAAUGAAAAUAAUUGUUAGAUGCAGCCCCAAACAAAAGAUUUUGUCACAAAUACAUUAAUAAUAGGACUGGAAACACGGCCUCUUUGGUGGAGGUAACAAUGGUGUCUGCUUGACAAACUUAAGUAUGUAAUGAUGACGUCUUCUGAGGCACCUCAUGCACUUUUUCCCGAAUUAUGUACUUCAGUUAUAUCCCUCCCUUAAUUUUCACAUCAGCCAAAAUGAAACCAGACACCAAGAUAUCAGCUGAUAUUGGUGAAUAUAUCUGCCCUUAGAUUUGUCGGUCAGGCUCUAGACUCUUCUGCCUCACAGCUCCAGGAAGCAAUAACUGCCACGACUGCUGGAUUCUGGGUAAAAUCUGUUUUUUGUAAUGCGUGUCUACCUCCUGCACCAAGUGCAGGUGUAAGUGUUACUGUGUCUGUAUGUAGGAAUUGAAACAUGAUUUGAGGUGGUGGUGGUGGAGGUUCAGACAGAGAGAAGUCAAUUUUUCAUCUUUUGCAAAAGGCGAGAAGAACUUAGAGGAAGGAAAAGAGAAUGGAAAAAAGAGAGGAAGAGGUAGAGAAGACUGGGGGAUAUCAGAGGCCUUUGAGAGAGCUUCUUGGAAAGUGCGGUUUAAAGGAAUACUUCACCCCCAAAUGACCAUCUGUGUGUCAGUUACUGACCCUGUGUUAAGUUGAAUUUGCUGAACGAAGAAUCCAAAAACUGGGAAAAUUCUUGAUGAAUUAAAGAAAAAGGGGUCUGCGUUUAACAACAGCAACUCUAUAUCAAAACAUCUGUUUUUACAAACUCUCGCACAACUCGUGCAGUAUAAUUCAAGUGUCAUUUAUCCAGUCAAAUGCUCAGUACUUCCCAAACAGACAGGUCUUUAUUCUUUUGACUUGAACUUCUAUUGAUUUUCUCAACAAACAGAAAAACAAGAGCGUACUUAACUCACAUAUCUGCAAAGGUACUUAAACCGGGUAAGAAAAGAUGAAAAAACAAAAACAAAGGGGUGUUGAUAAUGGAGGGUUUAUGUGUGCCUUAGUGAGUUGUGGAUCUACAGGAUAAACUAAAAUACUGGACCAUUAAUGUUUCUUCUGGAGUCUGUCUCCAGACUCUUGGAAAAGUAGGUAUUUCACAAAUAGUAUCCAGUCCAACCUUCCACAGUUGUUCCUCAUUAUAAACUUCAGAAAGGUUAGAUACUGCUCCCUCCAUGGAGAUCAUCUCCAGAAAUGAUGAGCUGCGUCCUUCCAAUUUGUUGCUAUCAGUCUUUUAGCUGUCAUGUUACAAUUUAUAUGUUGUGUUUCGACCAGUUUUCUUGAAGUGUCAUUCAAAAGACAAAAUGCUGGAUUAAAGUGAACAGUGUAGCCAAUAUUUUACCAGGGAUUGCGUAAACAUUUUCCCAGAAGGUUUUAAUCUUAGAACAAGUCCAUACUGUAUGAUAAAAAGUACCUUUAUCUUGUUUGCAGUGCCAACAAAGCCUUUUCUGUCAGGUAACUGAAUUGAUAGCAAAACUUAUCUAUGCUCUUCUCACAGCCAGACUCCAUUGACAAAGAGAGUAAUUUUACCUCACUGAACACAGGAGGUGCUGUUCUACUGCUGUUGAUAGGUAGUUUUUUGUGUUAUUGAAUCACUCACACAAAAACAAACUAACUUGUAAAGGCAGCAAUACACUAGCGGCUUCGUGUUCAGCAAAGUAAAAUUCCUGUUUUUGUCAGUGGAGUCUGGCUUUGAAGAGAGCAUAAACUGAGUUUAAGUUUCCUGUCAGUAAGGGCUGUCUGCUUGGAAAGUGCUGAGCACAACACAGGAAAAAUGAGACUUCGAUUAUAUUGGACACGUUUUGUAAGAGUUUGUAAAUGGAUGUUUUAAUAUUAUUAUUAUUAAUUUAUUAAGAAUUUUCUCCAUUUUUGGAUUCUUCGUUCACUGGAGGUGCAGUGACAAGCCCUAUACUUCAGCCACUACUGGUUGCUAAUUGGCUGAAUUGUUUGGAUGUGUUCUCAGAAAAUUACUUGUUGGCAUGAACUUAAACACCAUGGCCUGUCUCAGCCAGUGACAUAGGCCACCUUGUGGUGUGGCGGGAUAAUACAUUUAACACAAAUCAAACAUGGCUCCAAUUGGAGCCAUGAGAGAAAAACAAAGUUUCCUUCACAACUUCAUCUUUACACUGGGUGAUAAAUUGAUAAACAGAUGGUCAUUUGUGGGGCUGAAGUAUUCCUCACCACUUUAAUUGCUGUACAGGGUUGCUAAUUUUUGGCCUGUUAUUUCAAACACCACACUCUCAUACCUGCAGCUGCUCCCACUGAGGGCCUGAUGGUGCUACCUUCUUUGUUUGCUCCUGUGUAUUUCGAGCGCGUCACUCCCUGGCUAACUUGUAGUCCUGACCACAGAGUAGCAUGCACUUUGGCGUUGUGGCUGGAUCCACUCCUGUAGCUCAUUAUCCUUCGCUAGUUAUCUGUGGUGGAAGGGGGCAGCGCUGACAUUGCCUUGCGCCAUGCUAGAGGGAAUAUCAAAUCAUUAGAGCUACGUUGGCGAGAAACCUGUCAUACACACACACACACACACACACACACACACACACAGUGUAGGAGCUUAUUUAUGUCAAGUUAAUAAUCUGUAACUCGGAUACAUCCAGUAAAUAGUAAUGCAAAGACGAAACACAUUUUUCCUAGCAGGGGGUGGAGCAGGGUGGGCGGGUUGAAUUUUUUUGUGUACAUUCAUACUUCAUAUUUAUUACUUCUUUACUGACAUAAAGGUCGACAUGACCGAGCAGCCCAGCCAGGCUGAGUUGUUAGCAGGACAUCUUUUAAAGGUUGAAGGUGUUUCUCAUACAUGUAUCAGCAUUAUGUAGCGUCAGUGGUCUCUCUGAACAUGCAACAAUUAAAACACAAAAAUAAGGCAGCAUUAUUCAAGGAGCAAUAAUCAGCUGUAAGAGCAAAAAGAUUAACAAACUUAUGUAUGAGAAUCCAACGAUGAGUAAUGUCCUUUGUGUUUCUAAGAAAACCACUUACCAAAUUGCUGUUGUGCUGAUUCUAACGAUGACCACUGAGACACCUAGUUACUGUCGCAUUCAUUGAUAACAUUUUAUAAAAAUCAAUUUCUCCUUAGAGACCUCUUGUGUGGAUGUUUGUUCUGCUGUUUCUUUGCUGUUUCAUUGUUAAGUGACAGAUUGUUCCCUGUGCCUGGAUCUUAACUCUGCAGUUUACCAAAGUGACAAAGAUGAAGGAAUGGAGGGCGAAAAGACACAACAUCCAUAACAACUAUACUACGGACAACUCCGUCCUUAAAUCUCCCAGGCCGAGAGGGAAUAACAGUGUUCAUCUCUGUCUGAAACUGUUUGUAAAAUGUACACCGAAGUCUCUGUCUUAAUUUGUCUUGACAGGUUUCCUGUGACAAACCUUUUUAUUUGACAUUUCAGUUGCUGUGUCAUGUUUACAUAGUUUACACUUUCUUUUACUUCAUGGGAGAUGGCUGCAGUUUUGGCCAGACGUGUGAGUUUUCAUGAACGAGUGUGUUUGUCAUCCAUGGUUUACAAAUCAGAAACAGCUUGUCCGUCCCUGGAGAGCAGCACCGAAGGUACAGCCAAUGUGCACUGGAAGAUGAAGCAUAAUACUUGUGUUUGAAUUUAAUAAUACGCAGGGGGUGGACUCAGUAACAGAAACACCCACAUGGUAACAACCAAGCCACAAACCCUACAUGUGUUAAAGUUAUGAUCCACUUUUAUUAAGGUGGUUUCAAACAGAUGUUCAGGGUCAUUUUUGAGGUUGUACUUUGUGGUGUUUUUGUACUGAACUGAACUCAGGGUUCUCACGUGUUCUCAAACAUCAAAUUCAAGGACUUUCCAGACUCAAUUCCCUCAAGUUCGAGGUCCCAGCACAGCAUAAUUUAGACAUGGAUCAAGACACAGUUAACAGUUAAAGGGUAACUUCUGUAUUUUUCAACCGGGACCCUAUUUUUACAGGAUUUUGUGUCUAAUGACCAAUAGGAACAGCAAUUUUUGAUACUGGUCCAGUAUUGAGAGAGAGCACUGCAGCCAGCAGCAGCGAAACAGGCUGCAGUGUAAUCCCUGGGGGCAAUUGAGCACUGACAAUUUAACUCCACUGAAAGUGCUUGUUUUUGUCACUGACAGGCUCAGAUUGUUACUCCAAGUGUUUGACAACAUUAUGGAAAGGACCCUACAGAGGUCUACCUCUUUGUUAAAGAGUAAGAUCCUUUUUGUUUCCCCAGAAACAGCCCCAAAGUUGCUAUCACAAAAGCCGCCAGACUCCAUUUAAAUAAACGGUAAUUUUAUCACUGUGAAACACACUUCAUUAAAGGUCGAGAGGAGCAAAAUAAAACUCACAAAAACUGUCUUGGAUAAUUUUUUCACUGUUCCAACAACCACCAACUCCGGUUUAGUUGAAGUAAACCCUAAAUUCAUUCAGUUGGAUGUGAAAUUAUGCUGGCUCUAUAGAUGCUAAAAUUACUGUUUUUUCAAUAGUCUGGUAGGUUUGGAGAUGAUGUUUAUGGUUAAAUAAAAGGAUCUUACUCUCUAAUAAAGAGGUCUGUAUCUGUGGGGAUCCUCUCCACACUGCUGUCAGAAACUAAGAAUAAUAAUCUGUGCCUGACAAUGGCAAAAAUGAACACUUUAAUCAGAUGUAAACUGUCGAUGCUCAACCGACAACAGGGAUUACAUUGCAGCCUGUUUUCCUGUUUCUGGCUGCAGUGUUGUCUCUCAAUGCUGGACCAGUUUCAAAAAUUGUUGUUCCCACUUGUCAGUUAGACACAAAAACUUGGGAAAAUAAGGUCCAGGUUGUAAAAUACCUCAGUUAGAGAGAAGCUUAAAUGUGCUAAAUUGUGAUGUUACAAUUAUGGCAGACAGUAUUAAAAUAACUUAAAUUUCUGUUCUUCCACAAAAUAUAUAUAUAAAUUCAAGCACUUUUAAUGACCUGUCUAUUGUCAAAAAAGCUUUCAAGGCCUUGAUUUUUUCCCCCAAGGAUUUCAAGGACCAGUGAGAACCCUGUGACCUUUACUGUGAGGUGUUUUUCUUAUUUUGUCUACUCCCUGUGUUCUGUUACAUAUUUACAGCAAUCACAUCUUAAUAAAAGUCUACAAACCAGUACAUGACUGAAGUAAUCAGGACUUAAGUUUCAAAGAUUGUCAUUGGCUGUCCCUUAAACAUGGUUUUUGUUAUUGAUGUGACUAAAAUAUAACAUAUCCAGUUUAAAUGUAAAAAUCUACACAAUUGGCGACCUAAAUUUCAUUCCUGGCUAAAGUCCCCGUCACAUUAACGUGGAUGAUGCAUGUGGAACUGAGGGUUUGACAUAUAUAAAGAGUCUUAACUGAAGACAUCUUGAUCUGCUUGUUUGCCCCUCUGUCAGCUCCCAGUGGGCAGACCCUCACAUGACCGCGCAUACACGCCAUAUACGAGUGUAUAUGCAUAUCCAUGUCUGGUGGUGUGUUAUGUAGUCUGCAUUGUUCUAUCCUGGGAUCGGAGAUUGCUGUUUGAUUACGUUAUAUAUACGAGUAUAAAUAUAUAUAUAAAUCCAUGUGCCAAAUCCAGUUCUUGUUCAGUCUGAUCCAUUCCGAACCCAUGUUUGUACUGUAGGUAACCUUCUGUACAAGUCGGUAUAAAAUAUUGUUUCUCUCCAAUAGUCCCUUGUAACUGGUGCCAUUAAAUAAAAACUAUUCAAACUUGAAAUAAACAUUGAUUAAAAAUGUGA